AUGAGAUUGGCUGCUUCAGGAGUGAUUGUUGGCAAUGAUGUACAUUCUAACGCUGAGGCUGGCAUUGAUAUUCGCAAAAAUGCGGAUCCUCUUGUACAGAGGUCAGGAAUUGUAGUCCUUGGCAGCGGACGGGGGCACAUCAAGAACAAUAAUAUUUACAGCAACACAGAGGCUGGAGUGUAUGUUCUGUAUGGGGGAAAUCCAGUCAUUAGAGAAAAUUAUAUUUAUGAAGGUCGAGCAGCCGGAGUGGCAAUAUAUGCUGGAGGAAAAGGAUGCAUUAUUGAUAAUGCCAUCAGGGGAAAUCACUGGGGUGGCAUCGACAUUCGGAAUGGGGGCAGCUCUCUUGUCACGGGAAACAGUAUCGUCAGUGGAAUCAGUCAUGGCAUUGUGAUUGGUUUGGAUGGAAAGGCAUCGAUUGAAAAUAACCUAAUUAGUGGCAAUGCUGGCUGUGGAAUUUGGAUGAUGGCAACCAACAGCGUGAAAAUCCAAAGCAAUCAGAUCUGUAGCAAUGAGCACUGUGGAGUGCUGAUGUUAGACAAGACAUCUAGUUCUAUGGCAAGACAUUUGGACCCACUGCUAGCAGACGUGAAUCAGAGAGUAUUCUCUCAGUGCAGUGACCAGUUGCCAUGCCUUGAAACAAGCUCAGAUGUUGCUCUACUGCAGUACAAUAAUAUCUACUAUAAUAAAGGUGAAGGCAUCCAUGUAGAAAUGAACAAAGAAGUCCAGCUGUUAUACAACGCAGUUCAUGCCAAUAAGAAAGAUGGCGUCCUCAUGGUCCACAGUUCUGCAGCUAUUGUUGAGGGCAACAGUGUCACAAACAAUGGUGGCAGUGGAAUAGUGACUUCACUUUAUGACAAG